AUGGAAACAUCUACACGUAAACAACCAGUUAGAUCAAGCAGCACAAGUGACGUAGAAGACGCCAAAAGAUUAUACACUGAUAUUCACGAUUACUUGGACACCCUUACCAACUUCCUAAAGAGUGUCGCAGAAGAAGAAGGUGAACUUCCACCAUCGGCCAUAAAUUUCUUGAGUGAAUACGAGAGCUACGCCAAUGAUGUCGCCAAUUGUUCCACUCAUCAAGAUGCGAUCACCAAUACUCCAACAACCGCUACGAAAAUUCAGUCUUCGGAAUGGCGUCGUUCUUUCUCGUUAUCAAAUUCACAACCUCGACGUUCUCAAUCCGCUCCGGCUGUAUUGCAAAUGAAGGACGCGACUAACAUUAUUCAAUUCGCGCAAAUAGAGCCAACGAAGAUGACAAUCGAACGCGUACGUGCGUCCGCGACUUUUUCGUCGAUCACUUCUGAUGUGUCUGACGAGAAUAAUGAUCAAGAAUUUAGCACCACAGGUCCAAGUAUUAGAAAUUUACAUAAAGCAUUAUUUGGUACCACAGACAAAAAAGAAAUAGCAUUAAUUAAACAGAAAAUGCAAGCUAAGCCUCUUGAAGCUGCAAAUACUGAAAAUUCCGUCAUACAAACAAAUAAUAUACAAGAAGUCCUUGCACAUUUUACUGCUUGGUUCUUUGCAAUUGAUGACGAACCAACGGAAAUAAGAAAUGCGACCGAGUCUCAAACGGAAACAAACUCUCAACUUCCAAUAAUAACAACUACAACUCAUGCACAAAUUCAACCCGAAAUUCGAUCACAGGUCACGAGUGAAAAUCAAACUAUUCAAUCAACUCUCUCUUCUCGUACAUUCAGUGCUUUAGUCUCAUGGGGAUUUACCAAUGAGAAAGUCAGCGUUGAGAAAUUGGUCACUUUUCCCACUCCUAUUUUCGACAAUAAGUUUGAUUUUAUCGCGAAUAUUAUUUCGUUCACAAAAAACGCAGCCAUGAGUGUAGAUCGUUGGGAAAAAUCCAAAUUACCAAUCAUGUAA